AAAGUAGUCUAAUGAGAAGGGUGCUAACGAUUUAUUCGUUAUUUAUUAAACUUCAUUUUUUUUAAUAAUGAUAAGGAUUCGUUCUUUUUUUUUUCCUCUCUCUCUUUUCUCUUUUAUUUUCAUUUUUUUAUAGUUUUUUUUAUUGUAUUAUGACUGCUGAUUGGUCUCCUCAACAUUGGAAAACAAAGCCUAUUGUACAAGAUGUUGUUUAUGAAAACCAAGACCACGUUGAUCGUGUAUUAGAUAAAUUACGACGUUUGCCUCCCAUGGUAUCUCCAGCAGAAAUUGAAAAUUUGAAAGCACAGUUGAAAGAAGCUGCCCUCGGUAAAUCUUUCUUAUUGCAGGGUGGUGACUGCGCUGAAUUAUUCGAUUAUUGUUCUCAAGAACCAAUUGAAGCAAAACUCAAGGUCUUGUUACAAAUGUCACUUGUAUUAACUUGGGGUGCUCGCACUCCUGUUGUACGUAUUGCUCGUAUGGCUGGUCAAUAUGCUAAACCUCGUUCAAAUCCAAUGGAAAUGCAUGAAGGCGUUGAAAUUCAUUCAUUUAGAGGAGAUAAUGUAAACGGGUUUGAUCCUAAAGACCGUAAACCAGAUCCUGACCGUUUGUUAGGUGCUUAUUUCCAUUCAGCUGCCACAUUAAAUUAUGUACGCACCUUGCUUGAUUCUGGGUUUGCAGAUCUACAUCAGCCUUCUCAAUGGAAUUUGAGCCACGUGCGCUCUGAUAAUGUCAAACGGGAAUAUGAAACAAUUGUAACACAAUUAUCAGAUUCGCUUGAUUUCAUGCGAACCAUUGGUGCAGACAAGAAUGAUAUUCCUAAUGCCCUCAAUUCUAUUGAUUUCUUUGUUUCACACGAAUCAUUAUUGCUAGAUUACGAAGCAUCCUUAACACGUUUAUUAACGUCACCUUCUACUAAGGAAAAGAAAUGGUAUAAUACAGGUGCUCACUUUUUGUGGAUUGGUGAUCGUACUCGUCAACCUGAUGGCGCUCAUGUUGAAUAUAUUCGUGGUAUCGAGAAUCCUAUCGGUGUAAAAGUUGGACCUACAACUGUACCUGAACAAUUAGUAGAUUUAUUAAAUACAGUCAAUCCUAAUAAGGAAAUUGGUAAAGUCACAUUGAUUACUCGUUUUGGUGCUGACAAAGUCGAAAAGUUUUUGCCUCAACACAUUGAAGCUGUUCGUAAAUCUGGGCAUAUUCCUGUUUGGGUCUGUGAUCCUAUGCAUGGAAAUACAAAGACUGCAUCUGGCAAUUUGAAAACUCGUCAUUUUGUUGAUAUCAUUCAAGAAUUAUCUCAAACUUUCAGAAUCCACAAAGAAUGCAAUAGUAAAUUAAAUGGUGUUCACUUUGAAUUGACUGGUGAUUCUGUUACAGAAUGUAUUGGUGGAUCAAUGGAUUUAAGAGAUUCUGAUCUUCCUUCAAAUUAUCAAACUCAUUGUGAUCCUCGUUUAAAUUAUGAACAGUCACUUGAUGUUGCAUUCUUAAUUGCCAAGUAUUAUGAAAAUGAAAGAAAAAAUAAAGAUAUUCCAACUUUGUAAGUUUUUUUUUUCAAAAAAAAAA